AGCACGCGUCGGUUUUGAAAUGACAGUUCGCGGCGUCUCAACAGCUGUUCGACCAUUAUCGCAACCUAAAAGCGCAAGUUUGAAUUAUUUGUCUUAUUGCACGUGUUUUAAGCUUAUUAAAUACAGUCGAGACUUUAGUUUAAAAAUUGAUUAAAUUAUGGACGAAGACGCAGGCGUCAGAGCCCCAGUGACCCGUUUAAGAAGGAGACUGUCUGUAGAACAGACUGAGGAGGGAAAAUCACCAGCAGUCAACACUCCAACCAUGAAAAGAGGAGGGAGGAGGACUGCAAAAUCUGAACUUGAACUAAUUGAUGAAAACAUUCCAGACAAUACAACAAAGAAAAGUACAACCAAAAAGACAGCUACAAAGGAUGUCACACUACCUGAAGAGAAGCCAGUGACUCCGGCUAGGCGUAGCGCAAGAGUUAAAUCUAACACCAGUAUCAUAUCUGAGACAGCUCUCGCAGUUAAUUCACCCAGAGCCAUAAGAGCUACACGAAGAGCAUCACUAGCUGGUAGUGAUGGUGAAACACCUCUUACACCUGUCAGACAAACUCGCAGAACUAGAAAAGAUUCAGCAUCCAGUGUUGAAAAAGAACCUCAACUUCCGCCUAAACAAGGAAUAAAAAUUACAGACGUUAUCGUUGAAGAACCUGAAGUUAAUUUAAUAAAAUUGACACCCCAGUCUGAAAUAGCAACUGAUCAAAGCAGUUCACCCAACAGCACUCGCAAAAGCCCUCGCCUUUUAGAGAAAAAAUACACUUCUCCUCACAAGGCAACAGUUGAAACAGUUGAGGAAUCUAGUAAUGCUAUACCAGUUGCAGAAACUACAGCAACCAUACCUACUAAAAAUUGUAGUAUUAUACUAGAGUCAAUAAGUCUAUCUUCACAAGAUACUGCAGAUGAGCCAACAAAUAAAACAGGUGCUCCUGAUGGUCAACAAAAUAAAACUCCACAAAAUAGACUUUCAAUAGCCAAUACCAAAUUUACUAAGGAACUAAGUGCAGAAGUCACAAACCAGGAAAAUUUGAAUAAAAGUUGGUCAGAUGCAGAUGAUAAGAAAACUACAAUAAAAAGACAGCGAACCAGAUCAUGGACAACUCUAUCAGCCUCAAAUGACAGUCAAUUUUAUAGUGAUAAUGAAAGCGCUAAAAAUAAAAUCAAAAACAGUAUGACAUCUCCUUCGCUGCUUCUGAAUAAAUCUGGAUCAGGAGAUGGUUCAUCAAAUAGAAGUUUAAACCAAAGUGUAUCCAAUAAAUCAGUUUCGAAAAGGGAAAAGAAAGACAGCGUGAACUUUGUAGUUGAAAGCAUAAAUGAACAUUCAGACAAAAUUACUAUUGACAAUAAUAUAGAAAAUAAAUUGGAAAAUCAAACACUAUCACUUUAUCAAAAUAACACAAAAAAUCAUGACACAAAAACAAGUGACCUCCUAGAAGAAGAGCCGAGUGGGGACAUAAAAACUGUGAUUUAUAUUGAAGAUUCUGAUUCAAAUUCUGAAAAGAUAAAUGAAAAGACAAGACAUGAAAAUGAGGACCAAUGUGUUCCUGUUGUAGAGCACACUGGUAAAACAUCUCCAAUAAAAGUUAACUUAUUCACAUCAGUUCUAGAUAAAAAUGAACAAAAUAUCUUCAACAAUAACGAGCUAACUCAAAGAAAAGAUGAACCAAUGGAUUGUGAACCAAUGGAUAUUGAUGAAACAAUACCUGAAAAUAUAAUAAUACCUGAAAUGGAAACCACUGAACUGAAUACAACAGGAAAGAAAUCCACUAGUGUCCACCUUGCUAAUUUAUCCAAUGAAGAAAUAUUGAAUAAAUUUGAAAAAAAGUCUUCCAUUACUCAAAGCUUGGAUAAAAGCGAAAUCGAAACGAAAAAUACUCUUAUAAUGUCACAAAUAAAGGGCACUUCUACAGAGGAUAUCAACAACGCAGUUAAAACCCCACAAGAUAUAAAUGACAAGCUCCUCUCGAAAUCUGUGGAUGAUUUAAACAUUACUCAAGAAAAUGAUAUCAAGAAAAAUUUAUCUCUGCAUUAUUCGACAAGUACCCCUUUGCAGGAUAAAAAUAUCAAGAAGUUUCAAGGAAUCCAUGAUAACAAUUCAUUUACUUCUACUCAAAACAUUGAAAUUAAAAAUAUAAACAACGAAUUAUCUAAUAUGUCUAAGGGUCAAUAUAAAAAUAUCUCAAAAACGGAAGAUAGUGAGUCAUUGGAGGCUGAAAAUUUAAAAGAAGCAAUUUAUACCGGAAAUGCAAAAAAUAAAGGGAAAGACAAAAAAUCAUCAAAAAAAGAAACAAGCAUUAUUCAAAGUGAAACUGCCUCCGCAUCAUCGAAAGAAGAAAUGGAAACUAAUAAAAAUGCAUUGAAUGAAAACCGUAGUAAAGUAAAUGACGAAGACAUACUGACACACAAACAGCAAAAUGAAAGCAAAUUAGAAGAUGUAUCACUUGAUAAAAAAUCGAUCAAACUAGUGCCUAAAAUUAAACAUUCCAAGAAAAAUGAAUCAAGCUCGGAAGAAUCGGUAGAAGAAGUUGAAUCAGAUGAUGACGCUGCAGAAAAAAGUAAUUUAAUUGAUUAUGAAGCACUGGAUGCUGGUUAUGAUUAUGAAUCUGGUGACAGUCAAGAUGAAAGUGAGCGACAGUAUCAAAAAGAUCAUGAGAUUCUAGACAAAGGUGAAACAUUAACAACAGAUGAGGAAUUCUCAGAUGACUCUGAUUACGAAAAAGAUUCAUUUAUAGUGAGUUCGAAUGAAGAAGAUGAAGAAUUAUUAGACGGUUCAGAUGAUGAUCUUUCUAUGAGUGACAAAGAACUUAAAAUGACCGCCAGGUCCAAGAAAAAAUACAAUGAACGAAAAGGUAAAGAACAAAGGGAAGCUUCCAGAGAGAUGUUUGAGUCACGUCAUAAAUUAAACUCUUCUGAUAAGAGUACAAAUUCAGAACCCAGUAAUACUAAAAAGAGCAGACGCCAACAGAUAAAUUCUUCAGAGUCCGAGGAAGAUAUUAAACCAAGAAAAAAUAAUAGAUUGAGAUUAGACUCAACCAAAGAGGCUAGCUUACUUGCAGACAAAAGCGAGCACAAGAUUUCAAUAAAGAAAAACAAACAGCUGCCUGAUAGCGAUAGCAGUAGCGACGAAAGUCUUCCAAAUGAAAGAGAAAUGACUAUUUGUAAUGAAACUAUAAAAGAAAGUGACCCAUUGCUUGCUCAGAUAAAAACAGAGCCAAAGACACCUCUAAGAAGUGUCAACUCUACCAUAGCAUUUAUUGAUUCUGAGGAAGUUGACAAUGACAGAGUUGAUAAAAAUGAGUCAACAAAGACUCAGUCCGAGUUUCUUGACCCUUUACAAGCUACAAUGGUCAGCGAUUAUGAUGAUGACUCGCUCAGUAGUGUUGAUGAAAACAUAAUACAGAAUUAUGACUCAGUUCUGAAAGAUUUAAACAAAAGCAACAAGGUCCAAGCUAAAGUAUGUGAUAUUUCAUUAAAUCUUGACAGUAAACGCAAGAGGAAAGAGAAGCCUGCUAUAGUUGACGAAUUAAAUUUAACUGAAGUGAAAUCUGACAAACCAAAGAAUAAACAGAAAAAAGAACCUAGUACUAUUGUUAACGAAAUAUUACCGCGAAAAGAUGACGACGAAGCCUCGUCGGAUUCUAUAGAUUUACAUUUAUUGUUCUCUGAAGACAGCAAUAGUAGUGAUACAUCUUCACAGCAAAAUAAAAUGAAGGCUGCUGGUACUGAUUCAGAAGAAAUUAUACCAUUGAAAAGAACGGAAGCAAAAACAGACAUUCGUGAAAGUCAAGAUGUAUGUGACAAAUCUACAAAUAAGUCAUUGGUCAAAACUCCUAACAGUGAAAAGAAAAAGAAGCGUCAGUCAGAAGCUCCUUUUGAAGAACAAACUGAAAAUGCGACCAACCAAUCGUUGAACAUUUCAAAAAUAAAGACACCGGACAGCCAAAAGAAAAAGACUGACAUCAAAUCACUUACAGAUAAUCCAGAGGUUAAAAUUGCAUCGAAAACCAGUAAGAAGAAACACAAGAAAACUGCUUCUAACUCCCUUGUAGUAGAUGACAAAACUCCAUCUAUAUCAGAUAAUCAAGAGGCUUCAAUUGAAUUAGAAACUAGUAAGAAGAAACACAAGAAAACUGCUUCUAACUCGAAUGCAGUAGAUGACAUAACUCCAUCUAUAUCAGAUAAUCAAGAGGUUUCGAUUGAAUUGGAAACCAGUGAAAAGAAAACACGCAAAAAACCUGCAUCUAACUCUUUCGUAGCAGACGAGACUCCCUCUAUACCAGUAGAUAAUCAAGAGGUUCCAAACAAAUUGGAUACCAAUGAGAAGAAAAAACGCAAGAAGUCUGCUUCUAACUCUUUCGCAGUAGACGAAACUCCAUCUAUACCAGUAGAAAUUCCUCAAAAUAUUGAAACUAGUUCAAAGAAACGCAAGAGACAUUCUUCCCUCAAUACGACAAAAGAAGAAAUUCUUCCUGCAGAUGUAGACACUGCCAAAGCAUUAAACCUAAACGAGUCAGUAGUUGCUAUUAAAAAGAAAAAACGCAAGAUCGCAACCCAGGAUGAAAUUCUAACAGUUGCUGAGACGGUACUAAUAGCGGAAAAACACAAUGAACCUUGCAACAAGAAACAAGACAAGAAAUCAGCGAGCAAUUCACAAAACAGCUCUACUAAAAUUGAUGAAACAAAUAAAAGAAAAAAUAAAAAACGCAAAGAACGAGAAGACGACGAAACAUCUUCUGCAAAGGUGCUGAAAGUAAAUAUCUUCGACAAAGUGCCUCGUCUACCACCCACCUUGUUGGAGAAAUUAGAGGAUGUACCACAUAAAGAAGUUCCUUCUAAGAAGCCUAAACUGAUUUCUACAACACAAUUCCAUGUUCAAGAAACAAAGAAGAGGAAGAAUAAACCAUCAAACUAUCUAGAAGAAAGUGUUUAUCUGAACGAGUCAUCUGAAAAUAGAAGAAACAAAAAGAAACAUCUUGAAAAACCAAAAGUGCUACCAUUUGUGCCCACCGCUUCAACCUCUUGCAGUGGUUUUACCACUAACUUCAAAAUUAACGUAUUACCCAGUGAUAUAACGUUUGGAGCCCAAUCAAACACAGUAACCAGUUUCAAAGACAAUUAUUUGUACGGUCGAAAAAUUAAGAAGUUAGGCACAUAUGACUUGUACAGAAAGCAGAGAAAUAUAAAAUUAUCGAAAUUUUAAUUUUAAUAAUGACAGUAACUAAGGGUACUUUUGGACGCGCCAGAACUAUAUCACAGUGUCAAAAAUGUCGCCUGGCACAAAUUUGUAUGAAAAUGUGUAUGUAUCCAUUUACACGCCCAACAGUGAUUGAAUCUGCAUUCAACAGCUAUAAUAUGCUCAAUACAGACAACAUAGUGGCCAGCAACGUAGCCUCACGCUGCACACGAAUGCCAAUCAAAUCCGACCAUUGAUACUCUGUAAUUUGUGGCUGCUAUAUAACACAAAUUCAGCUGGCGACAUUUUGCCACUGGUGGUAGUCCAUCUGAAUAAAAAUAAACCUGAAUAAUCCGCCAUAUUCGUUUAGUUGACUGAAACUUUGUGAGUCUAACGUCUCAUACUUUUCUUAAUUAUUAUUAUAUCCUGAUUUCUGACUUAUUUGAUUAAUUUUAGACAGACCCUUAUAUAAUAAUUAGGUUUACAAAUUGGCUGACGUUUUAAUUAUUGUUUAUAAAACUCAUUUUGUUACUACUCUAUUUUGUUACUAGACUUCUUUUCACUAAUUUUCAAAGAAAAUUCAUAAGGGGCCCGUGUUUGAUUUUAGAUUAUUUUGUAAGGUUUGUUUUAUUGUGGCUAAUAUUUAUGUUAAUAUACAUUGCUACCCCUAUCAUAAUGCAAUGCUUCCAGUGGAAAAGGAUAGGUUUAGAUUUAGAACUAACAAUUUAAGAGGUGUACAGAAUUAGCCACAUAUGUCAUUUUAAAGUUUUAUUACGUUUAGGCAAAACCUGGAGUUCCUAGUACAAUAUUAAUAAUGAAGUAUGUGAAGUAUACUUAAGAAAACUAACGAGAAAAUUUAUUGGUUCCUUUUCAGAUAUACACAAAUCUCUUUGAAUGAUAAAUUAACAAAUCCAAAAGGUGGUGUUAGUAUUGUUAUCCUAUUCAUGUGAGGACACAGGUUAACAUGUUUAUAUAUUUGUGUAUAACUGAAUUAAUACUUGACUUCUUAAUAUUAACCGUUGUGCAUCUACAAGUUAUACUUCAAAUACAUUUUUAAAAUAAAAUAGUUAAACAUAAUCAUGAUUGAACAAGGAACUUGUUAUAAAAUGCCAUAGGCUUUAAGAAAUUCAUGUUUCUUCUUUCAUACCCAUAUUAAUUCAUUGUUAUAAAAAUAGGUUAUAUUAUGGUAUUGCUUGAUUAGAAAUGAUUGUAAUUUAUAUCAUUUUAUUAGUGUUUUAUAAUUUUAAAUGUUUACCCACUGUUUAAGUUUCCCGCCAUAAAAUUGAAGUCACUCUAGAGGGCGCUGGCAUGUUAAGUGAAAAAGAGGUAUCGCCCAUGUGCCGUGUUUUCAAUUAUACAUUAAUAACGCAUUGAAAUUUUUACUUGAUUCAUUAAAUAAAAAUAUUCUUUCUUAAAA